GCCUGAGGAACUCAGCAGCAGAGCUCGAUUAAUCUUCCGAAACCCCCACACAAGCAGAGCGGAGCACCGACCGGGAAGCCGCAUGUCAUGUCGAUCCCCAAGGAGCUCUACCCUUCGCAGGACGACCUGCUCUACGAGGAAGAGCUCCUCCGGAAUCCGUUCAGCCUGAAGUUGUGGUGGCGGUAUCUGAUUGCUCGCGCCGACGCCCCCUUCCGGAAGCGCUUCAUCAUCUACGAGCGCGCCCUCAAGGCCCUCCCCGGCAGCUACAAGCUCUGGCACGCCUACCUCCUCGAGCGCCUCAAGAUCGUCCGGAACCUCCCGAUUGCCCACUCCGAGUACGAGACCCUCAACAACACCUUCGAGAGGGCCCUUGUCACUAUGCACAAGAUGCCCAGGAUCUGGGUUAUGUACCUGCUGACCCUCACGGAGCAGAAGCUGAUCACCCGGACGAGGAGGACCUUCGACCGGGCUCUGUGCGCCCUCCCCGUCACGCAGCACGACCGGAUUUGGGAGCCCUACUUGAUAUUCGUGAGCCAGAAGGGUGUCCCGAUUGAGACGUCCCUUAGGGUUUAUAGGAGGUAUUUGAAGUAUGACCCGUCCCACAUUGAGGAUUUCAUCGAGUUCUUGGUCAAUUCGAGCCUCUGGCAGGAGGCUGCUGAGCGGUUAGCGUCGGUCUUGAACGACGACCAGUUCUUCUCCAUAAAGGGUAAGACGAAGCAUCGGCUGUGGCUUGAGUUGUGUGACUUGCUCACUAAGCAUGCUACUGAGGUUUCAGGGUUGAAUGUCGAUGCGAUUAUUCGGGGCGGAAUUAGGAAGUUCACUGAUGAGGUUGGCAGGUUGUGGACUUCUCUUGCCGAGUAUUAUAUUCGGAGGAAUUUACAUGAGAAGGCGAGGGAUAUUUUCGAAGAGGGUAUGACUACAGUAGUCACGGUUAGGGACUUCAGUGUCAUCUUUGAUGCUUAUGCGCAGUUCGAAGAGAGCAUGCUCGCCUUCAAGAUGGAGAGCAUGGACUUGAGCGAAGAAGAUGAGGAGGAGGAGGAGAACAUGGAAGAAGCCAUGAAGGAGAAUGGCGUCGAGGAGGACGACGAUGUUCGGCUGGAUGUGAACCUCUCUUUGAGCAAGUUCGAGAAAAAGAUUCUUGACGGGUUCUGGUUACACGUUGAAAACGAUGUUGACUUGAGACUGGCUCGACUGGAGAAUUUGAUGAUGAGGAGGCCGGAGUUGGCUAAUAGUGUUCUUUUACGGCAGAAUCCCCAUAAUGUGGAGCAGUGGCACCGGAGGGUGAAGCUAUUUGAGGGAAAUCCAACCAAGCAGAUUCUUACUUACACCGAGGCAGUGAGGACGGUUGACCCCAUGAAAGCCGUGGGAAAGCCUCACACGUUGUGGGUAGCCUUUGCCAAGCUAUAUGAGAGCCACAAGGACAUUGCCAAUGCAAGAGUGAUCUUCGAUAAGGCAGUGCAGGUAAACUACAAGACGGUGGAUAAUUUGGCCAGUGUUUGGUGCGAAUGGGCCGAAAUGGAGCUGAGGCACCAUAAUUUCAAAAAGGCCCUGGAGCUGAUGAGAAGGGCUACUGCAGAACCAUCUGUAGAAGUCAAGCGAAGAGUGGCUGCUGAUGGGAAUGAACCUGUUCAGAUGAAGUUGCACAAAUCGUUGAGACUGUGGACUUUUUAUGUGGACUUGGAGGAGAGCUUGGGAACGUUGGAAUCCACCCGUGCUGUCUAUGAGCGCAUACUAGACUUAAGAAUAGCCACUCCACAAAUAAUUAUCAAUUAUGCAGUCCUCCUGGAAGAUAAUAAGUAUUUUGAAGAUGCAUUCAAGGUCUAUGAACGAGGUGUCAAGAUAUUUAAGUACCCACAUGUAAAAGAUAUAUGGGUCACCUAUCUCUCUAAGUUUGUGAAUAGAUAUGGGAAGACGAAACUCGAACGGGCCAGGGAGUUGUUUGAGCAUGCCAUUGAAACGACCCCUGCUGAUCAAGUGAAACCUCUGUACCUGCAAUAUGCUAAACUUGAAGAGGAUUAUGGUCUUGCAAAGAGGGCCAUGAGAGUCUAUGAUCAAGCUACCAAGGCUGUUCCAAACAAUGAGAAAUUGGGCAUGUAUGAGAUUUACAUUGCCCGUGCAGCAGAGAUAUUUGGUGUUCCCAAGACUAGGGAAAUUUACGAGCAAGCCAUUGAAUCUGGUCUUCCUGACAAAGAUGUGAAGACGAUGUGCUUGACGUAUGCUGAGCUAGAGAAAAGCCUGGGAGAGAUUGACAGGGCUCGUGGAAUAUAUGUAUUCGCAUCUCAAUUUGCAGAUCCAAGGUCAGAUGUUGACUUCUGGAACAAGUGGCAUGAAUUCGAAGUGCAACAUGGGAAUGAAGAUACUUUCAGAGAAAUGCUUCGAAUUAAACGGAGUGUCUCUGCAAGCUAUAGUCAGACACACUUCAUUCUGCCAGAGUAUCUCAUGCAGAAGGAUCAGAGGCUCGAUAUUGAUGAAGCUAAAGACAAAAUGAAGCAGGCUGGAAUUACCGAAGACGAGAUGGUAGCACUAGAAAGACAGCUAGCUCCUGCUGUAGCCAAUGAUACUGUCACCACCAAAGAAGCCAGAACGGCAGUGGGCUUCGUGAGUGGUGGAGUGGAAUCACAGACAGACCGAGCAGCCAAAAUGUCAGCCAAUAAUGAAGAUAUAGAAUUACCUGAGGACAGCGAGUCGGAAGAUGAGGAAGAAGAGAGAGUCAAGAUUGCCCAGAAGGACGUGCCAUCGGCUGUCUUUGGAGGUUUGAUUAGGAAAAGGGAAGAGGAUGAGAAGGACGAGAAGGACGAGAGAGGAGACGAUGCUGCUAAAGAUAAGGAUGGUGAAAGCCGACUCGGUGCCCUAGAGAGAAUCAAGAGGCAGAAACGAGGUGCGUAGAUUAGUCAAGGAGCUGUAAGAUGGGAAUAGAGAUCGACUUAGAUUUGGUCAAUAUCCGAUAAUGCUUCCCUCAUGAAUUACGUGUAUCUAAACACUGCCUGCCGGUCUGACUCUUUUGAGUUGGGUUACAAGAUCAGGUGUUUGUGUAAUAGGAUUCUUACUAACAUUGAUCUCUGUAGAAGCACCUUUUUUCUUCUUUGUUUUGCUUUUUUCUGACUCUUUUGAGUUGGGUUACAAGAUCAGGUGUUUGUGUAAUAGGAUUCUUACUAACAUUGAUCUCUGUAGAAGCACCUUUUUUCUUCUUUGUUUUGCUUUUUUCGAGGAAGAUCGAAGUGACAGUAGAGGUUCAAUUUUGUAAUGCCUUGUAUCUGUUCAAGACGUUUUGCUCGGGAGCUCUUAGAGCCAUACGAAAUGAAGUUCUUGGCCUCUUAGAUUGUAUUCAGAAAA